AUGAAGCAGUCACACUUCGACGCCUUGGUGGUAGGCGCUGGUUUCGGCGGCAUCUACCAGCUUCACAAAUUCGUCAAGCUUGGCCUCAAUACAAAGCUCAUCGAAAUGGCCGCCGAUGUAGGAGGAACCUGGUACCAUAACAGGUAUCCAGGAGCCAUGUCGGACUCCUACUCUAUGGUCUAUCGCUACAGCUGGGACAAGGACGACUUGGUGACAUAUCCCUGGAAGAAUCGCUAUGUCCAUCAGCCAGAAGUUCUGAAAUAUCUGCAACAUGUGGUCGAGCGCCAUGAUCUGCGGAGGUACAUGCAGUUCAACACUGAGCUUACGCGUGCAAACUAUGACGAGGUCCACAACCGCUGGGUGGUCCAGACCUCAACUGGGGAUGUUUACACUGUUCGGUAUCUCGUCACGGCUCUGGGCAUCCUGUCUAGGAUAAACUAUCCAGAUAUCCCGGGUUUGAAAUCGUUCAAGGGGGAGAUGUAUCAUACAGGAAAAUGGCCCAAAGCCCACGAAUUCAGAGAUAAACGAGUCGGAGUGAUCGGAAACGGGUCGACUGGCGUCCAAGUGAUCACAGCUUUGGGUCCAGAAGUCAAAUCCCUCACCUCUUUCCAGCGACGGCCACAAUACAGUGUGCCCAGUGGCAACAGGGCCUUGACCAAAGAAGAACGAGACGACAUCAAUGCUCGGUACGACGAGAUCUGGGAGUUCGUACGUAACAGCACCAUGGGCGUCGGUCUCCCAGAGGGCUCACGCCCGACAAUGAGUGUCUCUGCAGAAGAAAGAGAACAAGUCUUCGAAGACGCGUGGCAAGGAGGGAACGGGUUCCGCUUCAUGUUCUCGACGUUCAACGACAUCAUAACUUCCGAGGAGGCCAAUGAGGAAGCUUGCAAGUUUCUGCGCAGGAAGAUCAAAGACACGGUCAAAGACCCGGAGAAAGCAAGGAAGCUCACUCCGACCGAGAUCUUCGCCCGUCGCCCAAUCUGUGAUAGUGGGUACUUUGAACAGUUCAAUCGCUCUAACGUGGACCUCGCGCUCUUGUCAGAGAAUCCAAUCCAAACGAUCACUGAAAAGGGCGUCCUCAUGCAGGAUGGCACGCACUACGAUCUAGACGUCCUCAUUUUUGCCACCGGCUUCGACGCCGUGGAUGGAAACUGGACCCGGACCACCAUCAAAGGUCGCGGUGGCAAGAGUCUGAAAGAACACUGGGACAAGAGCGGGAGUCCAACGUCACUACUGGGGAGCUUCGUGCCCGACUUUCCCAACAUGUUUAUGCUCUUCGGCCCCAGCAGCCCCUUUGGCAACGGACCUCCCGUCCUCGAAGCCCAGGUUGACUUCAUCAUCGACGUCGUACAGCAGGCCGAGAAGACCAGCAAAAAGCAGACCGACAGCUCGACGACUAAUGGAGUAGCUGACGGUGCUCUCACCUCUCGAGGUCCAGUGGUCGAAGCAUUGCCGUCAUCGGUGGACGCCUGGGUCCAAAAGUGCGAGUCGGUCGCCAAUGGCACUCUCUUCCCCAGACUCGACAACUGGAUCUUGGGAAAGAAUGUGCCUGGUAAGACUCCUUCGGUGUUGGUUUGGCUGGGAGGUAUCGGGCAGUUUAGGAAAUAUCUACAAGAGAUUGCAGAGGGGGGGUAUCAGACGUUCGAACCAUUUUCGUAG